CACCUCACCACCCAUACCUACCUCCUACCACCAACAAACACUCCCUCCACCAGCCCCUCGAAGCCGAAUACCCUGAUCGCUGCAGGCAGUGUACACCCCCCUCUGACCACGACACGAAGAAAAGAAAAAACAAAGAAUAGAAAAAUGGUCCAAGGCUCCCUCAAGAAAACCAAGCCCUCGGGCUCGACCUCAAAACGUCCCACAGCUCUCGCCCCCAAGCGCGGCCCGAGGCAGAUCGCCCCUAAGAAGGCCUCGCUGAUCAAACAGCAGAAGUUGACCAAGAAACUCACGGCUGGAUUGACUGCGCGCACGGAGAAGAACCUCGCGGAGAAGGCGGGACAUUUGGAAUUGUUGGCUGGAGGGAAGAAGGAUAAGAAGACUGGGGAGGCGGGCAAGGGGAAGAAAUGAUUUUUUUUUCUUGCUUACUUUCUUGCGGUCUUGAUGGCGGUUGAUUUUCCGAGGGGAUAGUGGAUGCAUGGAUAUACCUACCUUUUUUUUUUUUUCCUGCUUGGGUGGUUGUAUACGAGUACAUUAAUGAUAUUAGAUACCCUUUUUUUUUCUUUGUGCUUUUCGUUUGUUU